UUCCCAACUGCUUGACUCCCCAAAAAAACACAACCUUCAACUGCCACCACUGCCUGUCUACAGCCUCGAAUGAUGUCAAAUAACCACAGCCAUCACCGGCAUCACCAUUUUGCAGAAGCCAUAUUCCACAGUCGGCAUCACCGCCCCGAGCAAAAACCCGCAGUGCUAGCCAACACCCAGGAUUUGCACAAUAGUUCAGGCAUUCUGUUUGUCCAUGCUUCGGACUUUGUCCACAACGUGGCAAAAGGUGAAAUAUCUGGACCGAUUGCCGCUUGCCCGAUGGGGUCGAUCGACGUGACCGCUAACGAUUAUGUUUUUAAUGGAUCACCAUCGCGCCGUGAGCUCAAGUCGCUGAGAAGACACAUCAAAGAAACAGCCGAUGUGAAUCGGGGCGCAUCAAAAGGACGCACUGCCGCCCGACAGACUCGAGUAGGAAGCCAGACGCGGUAGCGCAUGGUUUUAGGGGCUUGGCAAUAUACAAAUGCGCUCUUUAUAUGCGAAGUUUUGAACUGCGACGGCAUGCGGUCACCAGUCUGCAUUAUUGGACAGAGGGG